GCGGUGCGCUAGAGUGAGUGCGUAUGCGUGGACAAAAUCUUGAAUUAAUUAAAUUCCAGCCGCAAAUCUUCGUCCAUCGGGUGAAAAGCGUGAAACACAGCGCCUCGAUACGUAUUCUUUUGAAGCUGUAACGACGAAGCACUACUCUACAAAAGGGGUAGAAAAUAUAUUGCACAUUCAUUGCAUCGCGCAAGCAUUACGACACGAAGACAGAGUGUCGAGUGGAACCAUACGGCGAUACACGACCGUGACUGCGGUGGACGAUUUGGAAGAAGAUUAAUUACAACACUUUUCGUACUCGCUGUUUUGAUAGGUGAUCCGGAGCGUGGGAAGUUUCUGGCAGAAGAAAUUGUCCCGCACCAUUGUGCGCUUGUUCGGCUGUAUCCGUGUGUGUGUGUAUGUUUGUGUGCUUGACGCGUGUGUCAAUUUUCGGCCCUUGUGCGUGAAAAGCAAAAGCAAAGAACAGUGUAGUGUAUAAGCGCAGUGCAACUUGCCUAUUGCUAGUGGCACAGAAGAAGGGCAGCAAAGUGAUUUUUGGUCAAUAGCAUUAGAAAGCAGCGACAGAAAACAAGGAACAUAGACGAAUUAAGUGUUCGCUUUGGCAGGUGGAUCACCAGAAUCGUACUGUAACUAGAACGGUGACGUCAGAAAGGAUCUGAAAGGAUAACGCGUACCGAACAUGGCUGGCCAAACGAUCAAUGACAGGUUGCUGGCUGCACGGCACAGCCUUGCUGGACAAGGGCUUGCCAAAUCCGUAUGCAAGGCUACGACGGAAGAAAUGAUUGGCCCGAAGAAAAAGCAUCUUGAUUAUUUGGUACAUUGCACCAACGAACCGAACGUAUCGAUUCCUCAUUUAGCUACACUGCUGAUUGAGCGAUCUCAGAAUGCAAAUUGGGUCGUGGUGUACAAGGCACUGAUCACAACCCAUCACAUGUUGGCCUACGGAAACGAGCGAUUUAUCCAAUAUUUGGCUUCAAGCAAUUCAUCCUUCCAAUUGAACAACUUUCUUGAUAAGGGUGGAGUACAAGGUGCUGUUGGUGCUCGUAUGGGUUAUGACAUGUCUCCGUUCAUACGGCGUUACGCAAAAUAUCUUAACGAGAAGGCACUGUCAUAUCGUACAGUGGCCUUCGACUUUUGCAAAAUGAAGCGUGGAAAGGAGGAAGGUUCUUUGCGCGUGAUGCACGCCGACAAGCUGUUGAAGACAUUGCCAAUUCUGCAGGCUCAACUAGAUUCGUUACUGGAGUUUGAUUGUACAGCGAACGAUCUUACCAACGGAGUUAUCAACAUGUGCUUCAUGUUGUUAUUCCGUGAUUUGAUACGGCUGUUCGCUUGUUAUAACGAUGGUAUCAUUAAUCUGCUGGAGAAGUAUUUCGACAUGAAUAAGAAACAAUGCCGCGAUGCACUGGAUUUAUACAAAAAGUUUCUUACUCGAAUGGAUCGCGUCGGCGAGUUUCUCAAAGUCGCAGAGAACGUUGGCAUUGAUAAGGGUGACCUGCCAGAUCUGACCAAAGCCCCGAGUUCUCUGUUAGAUGCGCUAGAACAGCAUCUGCUGGCCUUAGAAGGCAAGAAGGGGUCGGCUGCAAACACUCCUACACAAACAGCAAGCAAUCAAAAGAAUGUUAAAAGCGGAGUUAAUGCACUUACAUCGACUAGUUCAUCCUUUGGAAUCGUGGCGGAAUCCAGCAAAUUUGAUAGUCCCACAAACGGCAUGAUUGAUGAGAGUUUGAAGGCUCAAGUUCUGGCUGAAGAAGAGGCUGCAAUGAAUCAGUACAAGUCAAAGGUAUCAUCACCCACAACGGCUACAGCUAUAACAAACCCAUUCCUGUCGUCGCCCACCACUAGUCAAAACAACAUUGUCGAUCUGUUUGAGGCUCCGAAACCCGUACAGGAUCAGCAAGCAUCUGCUGCUUCGUCCAAAGCAUCGGAUGAUCUACUGCAACUUGGAAAUCCAUUUGCAGAUGUUUUUGCUACACCAGCACCAGUCGCUACUACUGUGCCAGUAGGAAAUACUAAUGCGUUUGCAGCCCCGAAUACAUGGAUGGGAAAUGGAGGUUUUAACGGUAGUAUGGCAACGGCUGCAGUCCCAGGAAUGGCUGGGCAAGCGAUCCAGGGCAGCGACACUUUCGUUUCCGAUAACAACUUCACUUCUGUUUUUGGUGGAUUGGAACAAAAUGGAUCCAGCGCACCUCCGGCCGCUGCCUCUCAGCCAGGCAAAGUAUUGACCGGUGACUUGGAUAGUUCAUUGGCGUCAUUAGCCGAAAGUCUUACCAUAAAUAAGUCCAGUUGUGGGAAAAAUAUGCAAUGGAGUUCACCGAAGACAUCAGCAAAAACUGGUUCGGCUGGAUGGUCGCCCCAACCCCAACCGGCCACUAAUCAGACCGGUUACAAACCAAUGGCACAAGGUAUGGCUGUUUUUCCAGUUCCUAGCACAAUACAUCCCAGCACACACACUCCCCUUCCCGUAGUGCCAGGAUAUUACCUUCAGCAAGGAAUGACCCAAAUCAGGCCAAUGAUGGGUGCUACCAUGUCCGGAACAACACCAGCGAUGGCCCCAGGAAUGGUCGCUACCGGCAUGGCAUCCCAGCAACCGGUGCAUACUAGUCAACAACCGAUGCACAUGCAAGCAGCUAUGAUGCAACAGCCAGCGACAGCAAUGCCUUCCGCCGCUGCUGCGACUGGCAAUAUACAGUUGGAUCCAUUCGGAGCACUCUAAAGCAACUGUGCACAUUAUUCAGGCACAUAUGGUGCAGACCGAUACCGAUACCACAUAUACAUAUACGCUCUUAUUAUGUGCUGUAGAACAUUAAUAACGAAUGAUUUAAAUAGCAACGCGCUUAGCUAGCGUACGUAUUCUGAUUAAUAUGUUUAACUGAAAUCUUGCAUACCACUGAAAAUGGCGAAUGAAAGCAAAAACGGGAAUAUUAAAGCAGUAGGGUAAAAGAUAAAGAAUUGUGAAAACAAUCGGUUACGUAAUGCAGUCAAUAUCCCUGGAGGAAAGGAAGGAUUGUGUAGAAGGUUAUCAGAUGGUGGUAUAUAAUUAAAUGAAUGCAAUAUUUGAUCUAGCUUUUUGUCAUUGGCGGACACUUACAGUAUCAAAGAACCCAUUUCAAUGUAAAAAUCACAUAGAGUAAUGAUGAAGGAUAACGAAGAAUAGGGUGAAAAGUGCGCCUAAUCCCAAUAUGCGUACUCAGCUGUACUGUGAGUAUCAUAUUGGUUAUGUUGAACUAUGGAUAUCGGUAGUUUAUUGCAAAAUGAAGGUUAAUUGACAGAUAAGGAAGAUUUAUAAACGGAUGGUAGUAGCGAGCAUAGAACGGCAGUGUAUAAUUUCGAUUCGGAACAGAUGUGCUAAACCUACACCAACCAACUUUUCCGAGUCGUUUGAAUGAUUCGAAAUUUUAUGUGUUGUCAACAAGCGUUAAGAUACAAUGAAACCAUUCCAAAUAUCGACAACCAUCCUACUGCAUGAGUAUGCUAUACUGUUCUAGAGCAACUGAUGGCAUAUUGUUUCACACGCAGGCGUGAAUUAUAAGUGUCAUUGAAUAGAAAAGCCUGUAGUUUCUAAUCAUUCCAAAUCGUGAUUUCGGUGUUUGCAGAGUUCAGCAGGAAUUCGAAAUGCAGCAGAACACUUGUCAUAUGCAGGUGUAUUGUAUUGUUUUGAUUUGAAUUACCGACACCUAUUUAAUUCGGUCGGUCGGUGGGUAUAAAGAAUUUAUUUGUUAAUAGGAUCUGUAAUUUUCACACACGCUGCAGUAUCAUAUAAGAAUAUCAGUAACAAUAAUAAUAACGAAUGCAUUGUAAAUGAUGUUAAAAAAUUCAUUGUAAGAACCACGCGCAUAAGGCUGCGCAUAUUUCCCCGCAGUAGACAGUGGCUUCUUCGGCAAUAUAUUGUUAGUUGUUGCUUCUGUUGCAGUAUUAUCGCUGCUUCGACAUUCAUAUAUGUAUCUAACGAAAUCCUAAAACUGAAAAGUUGUUGUUCUCUAUUGAAUAUAGUUGUGUUUACAAAACGGCUAGCAAAACAUGGCAAACUAGAUGGUCAGACUCUAAUGGCAUUCUCUUCGCCCCAUGUUCAAACGGAUUAACUGUCGGGAUGGAUGCCGCCGACUCUCCCCUGUGUCUCCGCAAAGAAGUGCAAAUACUACGAAAGUAGACAGUAAUAAUAACGACAUAAGUAAUCUUACAACACCGACGGAACACAGCAUGUACUAUCGUGGGUGAAGGAAUCCGUAUGCAUGUAUUUAUGAAUAUAAAUAUGUAGUAAUAUAAUAUCUCUAUUGUACACAUUACUGUAUUUUCUCGGCCGCUCGAUGUGUGCCUACAGAUUGCAAGAAAAUACAAUAAGUAAAUAUAUUUUAUUGUACCAGAAAGAUACACUCAUAUACAUACAUACAUAUGUAUGAAUAUAUAUACAUACAAAACACAUACUUCUUGCUGUGAAGGAAGCUUAACAUAUAAUACUUAGAGCGUAAUUUGUUGUGUUUAUCCCCUUGAAAGCAGAUAGUGCAAUAGGGCCAGUUGUUUACUGUGGUGACGAUGACGAUGAUGAUGAUGAAAUUGUGACGGAUAAGACAAAAUGAGUGUACUUAUCGCGACCGGCAGUGUAGCGAAAAUGCAAAUGAAGGAAACAGAAUGACGUUCGUAUUGGUUUAUCCUUUUUUAAAGCUUUUCGCAAAUUGAGAUGAGAUCAAUUAGUUACUUUUGAGAUUGCAUGAACGCAUUGGUGCAUUGAUUUGUUACUUGCCUACUUUUAAAGAGACGCUUCCUAUUUUGCCUGAUAGCCGCGCCAAUACGUUUGCAUGCCAUAGAGCGAGCAGUAAAGAAGAUAUUGUAAAACUGAAAAUGAAAGGUUUGCAAAUAGUUUUAUAAUUUAUUUGCAAUUUAACGUAAAACCUUCCGUUGAAUUAUUGUUGUACUCGUUUCAGACGGGUCUAAGUACGAACUAAGUAUCAGACGAUUUCGACCAAGCUUUUGUUAAAUUGAAAUACUACAUAUAAACUUCCGCAAUUACGAAACUGAGAUGGUUACAUGCGUAUAUAUAUAUAAAAUAGGACCCAAUGAAUAAAACUGAAAAAGAUAUAGUAGGAAUAUAUCAGAAGUGUGUGUUUCUUACCCAUCUGUAAAUAGUUGCCAAUUCAUCAAUGGGCUAAAAAUAUGCAAAGAAACAAUUAUUCUUAACGUUACAAUACAUGUACGAUUUUAUAAUCAACGAUUCAUCUAAUUUACAAUUUUAUAAUCCUUCCCACAUUUCUGCAUUGCAACGUUGACAAUUUUACAUAUCGUUCAUCAAGAUAUACGUUUUUUUAUCGUUUAACGGGAUAUCUGAAGAAUAUUGCAAAAAAAGUAUUAAUUUGAAAAUUAAUUUUGUAUUCAUUCGUAACAUUCUUUCCUGGUUGGUGUUUGUUAUGCAGUGUCGCAGCUAACACAUAUGCGGGUUGGAUUAAGUAUAUCUGAACUUGUCGGAGAUCAAAUGCAGUCGUCGAAUGGAAUACUGCAGCGAUGUCCUACUAUAGCCUAGUCUGCACGACGUAUUUUGGAGUGUUAAUUCGAAAAAACGGUCUAUAAUUUAUUGAUUUUAAACAAAUUUUCUAUGGUAAUAUGCUGAAAUGAAUCUUUG